CACGCAUUGUUAGACGAGCUAACUCGUCAUCCGUUGAUUUUUUUUAAAAAGAGACUAAUGUAGUUUAAGUCAGAAGAUCUGCAGCUGGAAUCAUCACAAAAGAGGUGAUCUAAAAAAUGCAUCAGUGUCCCAUUUGCCCUAAAUCGUUCCCGGCACUUUCUAAACUCCAGAGACAUCAUGUCAUCCAUACUGGCCAAAAGCCCUUCGUCUGUAAAGAUUGUGGAAAAGCCUUCACACAGUCGGUGCAUUUAAAAACGCACAUGGAGAAAAUUCACCAUUCAAGACUCCCAAGGGACAGUUUUCAAGAUAGGACUUCAACUAAUAACAAGAGGGUUUCACAAUUAAACCAUGAUACAUCAACUGCAGUGAUGAACUUAAAUGAUAGUGGCAGUUGCACCAUAAUGCCAUCAGCAGUGUCUUCUUCAGCAGCCACCCAGCCACCACAAAAUAUGCCACAUGGCUCUGUGAUGAAUAGCGACUCGGAUGUUAUGGAUACAAAACAUCAAGAGCAAGUUGAUUCUGCAAAUACUGCCACAUCUAUAUGCAACAACCACAGUGGAUACAACUGUAAAGUCUGCUUGAAGUCAUUCACUUCAUCUCCUCAGCUUUGGAUUCACUUAUCAACUCAUACCAAACCAAAACAAAGACAGAGAGGCAUAUCUGGGCAGACUCUUUCUAAAAAGGCACAUUCAAAGAUGUCACAAGAACUGAGCUCCAGUUUAAAACACCAGUGUCCUAAAUGUCCCAAAACCUUCUGUUCACCAUCCAAAUUACAACGACAUCUACUUAUUCAUACAGGGCUGAAACCCUACUCAUGUGUGAUCUGUAGGAAAGCCUUUAGACAGAAGGUACACUUGAAAACUCAUUUAAGCACAUCAAAUAAAUGUUCACUUUCUGCAAGCAAUGCAGGGAAAAAGCAGAAGCUUUGUAACGGCAGUCAGACUUCAGAUCAGCAGCUUCAGUCAUCAGUUCAGCGACCCACCAGCCACCAGUGUCCUGUGAAUUCAGCAGUGGAACUAGAGCUACAAUGUAGAAUAAAUGUAAAUGCUGUGCAGGCCCCGAGCAAGGCUGAAAUCAAGUUGGAUGCAGUUGAAGAACCUGAACAACCGUUAAAUGCAAGCAGUCAGAGUAUUUACCAGAGUUCAGGUGAACAUGAACAGCAAUACAUGACCUAUAAAGACUUGAAACCAUUCCGAUGUAUGAUCUGCAACAGAUCUUUUAGGUUGGAAAUUAAUUUAAUACGUCAUCAUAAAAUUCACAGGAACCAAAAAGAAUUGGCAGCCCCUGCUGAUGCAAUAAAACAUUCACCUGAAGCCAGUAAUGCAGACCUCACUGACUUAAACAUCAUCAUUAAACCAGAAACAUGGAGUGAAAAUGUCGGUGAUCUCAAUGAAUCUCCUCCUCAGGAUGCUGAGUUAUUUGCACCAACAGAACAGCAGAGUGAAACAUGUCAAGCCAGCAGCAAAAAUCAGAGAACCAACACUUCACAUAAGUGUCAUGCAUGUUCAAAAUGUUUUCCAUCUUCAUCAAAACUUCAAAGACACAUGAUGACUCAUACUGGACAAAGGCCCUUUGGCUGUGAGAUGUGUGGCAAGAGAUUUCGUCAGAAAACACACUUGAGGGUACAUAGUCGCACUCACCUGUGGUCCAGAUAUCACAAACAGCGAUCACUGUACAUCAACAGGCCACCUUCUCGCAUAGGUGGGUUUAACACAAGGACUGCAGGAGAUAUCCCAAUCCAGGAAAUGUUCACACAUAAAAGGGACUUUGAGACACACAAUGGGAGUGAUUUAAUCUCUACAAAACAGCUGGAUCAGACCCCUUCUAUGGCAAUUGUUCAGACUCAUGUCAACACAGAACAGGAGGACAAAGUCUUGCUGCAUACUUCAAACAAUAAUGAGGUUGUGUACCCGAGUACGGUUCCUACGGUUCUUCCUUCUGCUAACAAUGGACAUCCACCCAAAAUUAUGCCACAUGUAAAUGAUAGCUACGUGAUGAACAGUGACUCAGAUUUUAUGGAUACAAAACAUCAAGAGCAAGUUGAUUCUGCAAAUACUGCCACAUCUAUAUGCAACAACCACAGUGGAUACAACUGUAAAGUCUGCUUGAAGUCAUUCACUUCAUCUCCUCAGCUUUGGAUUCACUCAUCAACUCAUACCAAACCAAAACAAAGACAGAGAGGCAUAUCUGGGCAGACUCUUUCUAGAAAGGCACAUUCAAAGAUGUCACAAGAACUGAGCUCCAGUGGGGGCAAAAUUACUUUCAAACACCAGUGUCCUAAAUGUCCCAAAACCUUCUGUUCACCAUCCAAAUUACAACGACAUCUACUUAUUCAUACAGGGCUGAAACCCUACUCAUGUGUGAUCUGUAGGAAAGCCUUUAGACAGAAGGUACACUUGAAAACUCAUUUAAGCACAUCAAAUAAAUGUUCACUUUCUGCAAGCAAUGCAGGGAAAAAGCAGAAGCUUUGUAACGGCAGUCAGACUUCAGAUCGGCAGCUUCAGUCAUCAGUUCAGCGACCCACCAGCCACCAGUGUCCUGUGAAUUCAGCAGUGGAACUAGAGCUACAAUGUAGAAUAAAUGUAAAUGCUGUGCAGGCCCCGAGCAAGGCUGAAAUCAAGUUGGAUGCAGUUGAAGAACCUGAACAACCGUUAAAUACAAGCAGUCAGAGUAUUUACCAGAGUUCAGGUGAACAUGAACAGCAAUACAUGACCCAUGAAGACUUGAAACCAUUCCGAUGUAUGAUCUGCAACAGAUCUUUUAGGUUGGAAAUUAAUUUAAUACGUCAUCAUAAAAUUCACAGGAACCAAAAAGAAUUGGCAGCCCCUGCUCAGGAUUUGAGAGAUAAUGUGAAAAUGUCUCAUUCUGAUGCAAUAAAACAUUCACCUGAAGCCAGUAAUGCAGACCUCACUGACUUAAACAUCAUCAUUAAACCAGAAACAUGGAGUGAAAAUGUCAGUGAUCUCAAUGAAUCUCCUCCUCAGGAUGCUGAGUUAUUUGCACCAACAGAACAGCAGAGUGAAACAUGUCAAGCCAGCAGCAAAAAUCAGAGAACCAACACUUCACAUAAGUGUCAUGCAUGUUCAAAAUGUUUUCCAUCUUCAUCAAAACUUCAAAGACACAUGAUGACUCAUACUGGACAAAGGCCCUUUGGCUGUGAGAUGUGUGGCAAGAAAUUUCGUCAGAAAACACACUUGAGGGUACAUAGUCGCACUCACCUGUGGUCCAGAUAUCACAAACAGCGAUCACUGUACAUCAACAGGCCACCUUCUCGCAUAGGUGGGUUUAACACAAGGACUACAGGAGAUAUCCCAAUCCAGGAAAUGUUCACACAUAAAAGGGACUUUGAGACACACAAUGGGAGUGUUCUAAUCUCUACAAAACAGCUGGAUCAGACCCCUUCUAUGGCAAUUGUUCAGGCUCAUGUCAACAUAGAACAAACAGGUCAACAGGACAAAGUGUUGCUGCAUACUUCAAAGAAUAAUGAGGUGUACCUGAGUAAGGUCCCUAAGGUGAAAGGUGUGAAAAAGACACAGACUGCUAAAUCAAAGCAAAAUACAGGCAAUGUACAACACAAGUGCUUCCAGUGUUUCAAGUGCUUUCCAACUGUCUCUAAAUUACAAAGACAUGAGAUGGUACACACAGGCUUGAAACCAUUUCAAUGUCAUACGUGUGGGAAAGCAUUCAGGCAAGCUUCACAUCUGAAAACCCAUCAAGUAUCGCACUAUAAGAGUAAAGCAUCCAAGCCAGUCAAUCAGCGGGGGGAUAGCAGAAAAUGUAAAGCCAACAGUCAGCAAGAGCUUUACCCAAAGUUCAGUGUUUGUGUUCCACCACAGAAAAAAACUGUGACCAUAAAUACUGCACAUUCAGUUAUUGAUGGUGCUGUAAGUAAUGUAGAAAGUGAACUCACCUUCACCAUGCAGGAAAUAUCCAUCACAAAAGGGAAUAGAAUCAUUACAAAAAUAACUAAAAGUAAUGUAAGUUGUAAAAAAAGGAAACUUCACAUCUGCAGAAUAUGCUUAAAGAACUUUUCUUCUCCGUACAAGCUGUCAAGGCACUUGGUCAUUCACUCUGGGAUAAGGCCAUACAAAUGUCCUCUGUGCAGCAAAACCUUCACACAGAGUAACCAUUUAAAAGUUCAUGAACGCAGAUGUAGACAUGCUUAA